AUGGCGACGUCCGAGCAGUUCUUGACGAUGAAGUACGAGAAGUGGAACAACUUCCAGGAUGACUCGGACUCUGAAGGUGAAGAUGUGCCCCCCGACAUUGUGGUGAGCACGGAGAUGCUGCUGACGGCCAAGCAGGUGGAGCGCUACCGCAAGUUGGAGAAGAAGCAGUUGGAGGUGUGGCAGGUGGUGGUGCGCCAGCUCCGAGUGUGGUCGGCGUCCAGCGCCGGCGCCGAGGAGGGACAAGACGCCGUGCCCUGCCGCCCGUACUGCAUUCUGGUGAACAACCUGUACCCGCUGGGGCAGGUGGUCUCCAAGAAGAUCUGCGACCCGCCGGAGCACCGCCCUGACAAGGUCGUGUUCCCGGACAAGAACUUUGUGGGGGCAACUGCGGAAGAGCUACUCGGCAUUGGGGAUCGAGUGCUCGUACCUCUCCGAUUCGGACGGCAUCGAUGCUCAUUUUCAGAGCUCUCGCAGCACUUGAUUUGGAAGGACCUUGUGUCCGUGGUGGAAGUGAGCGAGCGUCCUGGACUGGUUUCGGGCGCUGGAGUCACGACUGAGGCACUGUCCGCCUUCUACUCGGCCUGCGAUAAAUACGCCAAACUGAAGCCGUGGAACUGCCUCUCGCCGAACGCCAGGCCAUUCAGCGCGCACACGGGCAGUGAACUGAACGGCGAAGAAGCUUGCACUCAUGGAGAGAACCCGGAGCUGCGUCGUUGUGCCAAGUGCGGCAAACGCGCUGCCCCCGGCAACGAGCUCAAGCGCUGCACACGAUGCAAGUGCACCUUCUACUGCGACGCCUGCACACCUCCUGGAGACGCUGCUAACGGCGCUGGCGAGCACAAGAUCAUGUGGGGUGCGAAGGAGAUGUCGAUCCUCUACGACCCGCAGACGUCCGUGCCCUUCGACGACUUGGACGUUAUCGCGAAACACUCUUUGUCCAUUGCAAAGCUCUCUACCCAACACAAUGGGCGACUGCUGGGUCUGGACGGCGAGCAGCGCAAGGUGGAGCUGAGGUGCAAGACUUUCGGCUUCGACGACGAGCUCGUGAUCCGCAACAGCACCGCGCUCACCAUGCAGGACGUAGAGCGGUUGUGGAAGGUGAUUAAGAAGCAGCAAGAAGGGGGCGAGACGAUUGCAGAGGGCGAAGCCAAGAAACGACCAAGGGGGUGUGACUGCAAGAAGUUCUGGGCCAACGGAUGGAUCUGCUCGCAUGUCGUAGCGGCGAUGGCACGAAAGAAGCAGUUCGUCUUGAGUGUGGUCAUGGCAACUUUGCCGACAACUAUGCUGAGCGGAGGACAGCGCAAGAUUCCAGGCGCAUUGUACGCUGAUGAUCCGAACAACCGUACGCUCACAGUGCCCUCACUGAUCAGGCGUAUGAUGAAGCAGCCUCAUUUUUAUUACCCCCACGGAUGGAAGAUUGCAAAAGAGAUGACCAUGGAGAUCAACGGGGAAGAGGAGGAACUGUUUGCAGUGGGGAAAAUCCGAUCUUACUCGCAAAACGGAGGCAUCUACAAAUGGCUGGUCGUCUUCGAACAUGGCGUCAACGAGUUUUUCGAAUUCGAAGAACUCGCACAGCUCAUCGUGUCUUCUAGGCAAUCUUUCCGGCCUCCAGGCUUUGUUCAGAAGUUUGUCAAGCGUGGCCCAAUUUGCCAGUAG